CAGAACAAUGACAUGAAAAGACAGUUUUUGCUGGAGCGUCUGCUGGAUGCAGUAAAACAGUGCCAGAUCCGCUUUGGAGGGAGAAAGGAGAUCGCCUCAGAUUCUGACAGCAGGGUGACGUGUCUCUGUGCCCAGUUUGAAGCUGUCCUGCAGCAUGGCUUGAAGCGGACCCGAGGACUGGCGCUCACUGCGGCGGCGAUCAAACAGGCAGCGGGCUUCGCCAGCAAAACGGAGACAGAGCCCGUGUUCUGGUACUACGUGAAGGAGGUCCUGAACAAGCACGAGCUGCAGCGCUUCUACUCCCUGCGUCACAUCGCGUCUGAUGUGGGCCGUGGACGCGCCUGGCUGCGCUGUGCCCUCAACGAGCACUCCUUGGAGCGUUACCUGCACAUGCUCCUGUCUGACCACAGCAGGCUCAGCACUUUUUAUGAAGACUGGUCAUUUGUUAUGGACGAAGAGCGGUCUAGCAUGCUCCCUACCAUGGCAGCUGGUCUGAACUCCAUACUGUUUGCCAUUAACAUCGACAACAAGGACUUAAAUGGGCAGAGUAAGUUUGUGCCCACCGUCUCGGACUUCUUAAAGGAAUCCACGCAGAAUAUGACGCAGGGGGUGAGCAGCAUCAUCAGGGAGAUCACGGCGUCCUCUGCUGUCUCCAUCCUCCUCAGACCCUCCCAGGAGACUGACCCCCUGCCUGUCCUGUCCAAGAAUGUCAGUGCCGAUUCUAAGAGUAAAAAGGAACGGAAGAAGAAGAAGAAGGUCACCAACAUUAUCUCCUUUGAUGACGAGGAAGAGGAUCCAACGUCCGGUGACGUGUGCAGAAAGAUUCCUGGGGCUGGGGAGAGCUCAGAGGACAACUCGGACCGCUCCUCAGUCAACAUCAUGUCAGCCUUCGAGAGUCCCUUUGGACCGAACUCCAACGGCAGCCAGAGCAGCAACUCGUGGAAAAUUGACUCCCUGUCUUUGAACGGGGAAUUUGGGUACCAGAAGCUCGAUGUGAAAAGCAUCGAUGACGAGGACGUGGACGUGGAUGAUGUGUAUGGAAACACGCCGGGGAGGAAAUGCUUGGGACACUCAGAGUCGCCCGAGAAGCCUCUGGAUGGCGACACCUGCCUGUCCCCGGUGCACAGCUGGGCCCCGCUGCAGGUGCUGCACGGGGACGCCGAAGUCCUCUUCCCAGUCAGCGUCGGAGGCGUGGGCACCUUUGGCCCUGAAGAUGCCCCGGUUGGAAGCCUGGAAAACGGGACAGGCCCAGAGGAACACAGCCUCACGGAGCCCGGCUGUCGCUACAGGGUGGAGGCCAGUCCCCCCAGCCAGGGCAGUCCUCUGAGCAGCCUGCUGCCUUCCACCUCGAUGCCAGAGUCAAUGACGAUUAACGAGCUGCGGCAAGCCAUCAUGGCCAUGAUGAAUAGGAAAGACGAACUGGAAGAAGAGAACAGAUCGCUGCGGAACCUGCUGGAUGGUGAGAUGGAACAUUCCGCAGUGCUUCGCCAGGAGAUCGACGUGCUGAAGAGGAAGGUGGCCGAACAGGAGGAGCGGCACGUGGCAAAGAUCCAGGCGUUGGCCAGAGAAAACGAGGUGCUCAAAGUCCAGCUGAAGAAAUAUGUAGGAGCUGUCCAGAUGCUGAAAAGAGAAGGCCAGUCUGCAGAAGUUGUGCCAAAUCUGUGGAACGUCGACGGGGAAGUUACUGUCUCAGAGCCGAAGCCGGGUGAAGUGGCCGAGGAACUUGCAAGCUCCUAUGAACGAAAGCUCAUAGAGGUGGCGGAGAUGCACGGUGAGCUGAUCGAGUUCAACGAGCGCCUGCACCGGGCCCUGGUGGCCAAGGAAGCACUGGUGUCACAGAUGAGGCAGGAGCUCAUCGACCUACGGGGUCCGGUGCCCGGAGACUUGAGUCAAACAUCUGAAGACCAAAGUUUGUCGGAUUUUGAAAUCUCGAACCGGGCGCUCAUCAACGUCUGGAUCCCGUCGGUGUUUCUCAGGGGCAAGGCAGCCAACGCGUUCCACGUCUACCAGGUCUACAUCCGGAUAAAGGAUGACGAAUGGAAUGUCUAUCGGCGCUAUACGGAAUUCAGAAGUUUGCACCACAAGCUACAGAACAAGUAUCCUCAAGUGAGGGCCUACAACUUCCCACCCAAGAAGGCCAUUGGAAACAAGGAUGCCAAGUUCGUAGAGGAACGGCGGAAGCAGCUCCAGAAUUAUCUGCGUGGCGUCAUGAACAAAGUCAUCCAGGUGGUCCCCGAGUUUGCUGCCAGCCCCCGAAAGGAGACGCUCAUUCAGCUGAUGCCCUUCUUCAUUGACAUCACCCCUCCCGGAGAGCCGCUGAACAAGAACAGUCGCCCCAAAACAGCACCCCGCUUUCCCAAGCUGUCCCGCAGCCACCCCAGGGAGACACGCAACGUGGAGCCCCAAAGCGGCGACCUCUGA